AUGAUCCUACAAAUUUUGCCUGCCGCUAUCAGUGAACAAAAAAGCUCAAGCGCUGGUAUCAUUACAGAUGCAGGUGGUAGCCAAAUCCUCUACUCGAAUUUUGUUGCUUAUUGUGGAAGCAUGCUCAACGUCUCAUGCCUUCUCUCCAAAUACACUAAAGAUGGCGAAGAAUGCCAGUUCCAAUGUCUGGACACCCCUGAGUGUCUGUCAGUCAAUAUUGAAAGCGCUUUCAAAGGUGAUGGCGAGCUUCAGCUCUGUCAGUUGCUAGCUUCUACCAAGGAAAGGAAGAGCGAACUUCUUGUGGCAAGCGUACGAUUCAAUCAUUACACUGUGAAAGUAAGUAAAUAUCUUUUCCCACGGAUGCCGCUAAUUUGUUUAAUAAUUACUUGAUUUCUUUGCCAUGAAUUGGUUUGUUAUAGUAUGUUCCUCGUUUUGAAGUUAAAGGCUGACUGUUUAGUUAAGAGAGGAUAUGCUCUUUUUCUGUUGCACCAGGGAAACUGGCUGAGAUAAAUCUUGAAAGGUAACGAAUUCUCUAAGUCGUUGUUCAUCACUGCAGGAUCCGGCACCUUUGGUUUAUACGUUUACUCUUGCUGCAUGAAUUAUAUCCUAGUAAAUUCACCUUUUACCUAUAGGUCUCGCCACGUCUCGCCCAGCCAUGUCAGUAUGGUAGAACAUGCCAUCCGGACGAUAAAAAGGAUAGCGGCUCCACAUGUGAAUAUUCUCCUGGCUGUCGUGGAGGGAACUGUGAAGAAGGUAGGUUUUACCCCGAGUCCGGUAUUAAAGUUAUUUUACGGAAUUCAAAGUGUUUAAAAUUGACGGAAGAUAUAAACAUGUUUUCAUUUUUGUUUUUGAUCGAAAAUACGCGCGUCAAAAGAAACGACUACAGAAAUUCCAUACAUACUGCAAAUUGAUCGUUUGCGUCAAUUUGGCGUCAUUUAUGCAAAUUUUGCCUCGUGACGUAAUUUCGCCAGAAAGUAUCGUUGUUUUGUUUUUGAAUUGAAACCCAAUUAAUUCAUCCGAUUAUAAGCCCUCCCAAAUGCACUGAAACUAAUUUUGAUUUAUUGCGACACUUUGACGCUUAAAACACCAAUAAACACUAAACAUAUUUGAUAAGCACUGCUCAUUUGCGUUAGCUCUAUUCCGGUUAAAAAUGAAGCGUGUUGCCAGCCCCGAAACUCCCCCCCCCCACCCACCCCCACUUUAAAUUAAAUCAAAGUAAGGCUUUGUUGGGUUGGUGGGUUUCAUCCAACAUUUAUGCUUUCUUAAGACAUCAUAAGGCUGUUAACAUAACAUUUUUUGUUUGUUUUAUAAAUGGCGCUUUUAUAGGUUCAGGUUGGUCAAAGGUCAACAAGGAUGGUCCUGUCUGCUUUGGCGCAAAGAACAAUUCCUAUGGAAAAUUUGAUCUCCACACUUCAGGUGGUAUUGCUGCAUUAAAACUAACUCAUAUCUCGGGCGCCGUUUCCAACGGGCGAAAUAACGGGGGAGCAAAUUGGGGAAGUCCUUCUCGAAAAAUACGAACCAUCGUCACGAACGAACGAAAUAAGGUUCUUCUGCCUGAAAACUACCAUCUUUUCUAUCCUAACGCUUACACUUUGGAAGGUUAUCGAAGCACCUCACCCGAGAUCGUGUUCAGGCUAGCAUCUGUCAGCCCAGCACAUGACCCUGUCACGAAAGUUCUCAAAAUUUGGUUUGUUGAAGAUCUUUUCGAUUAUUCACAAAAGGAUAAUUCUGGUGAAACUUGUGCUGACGUUUUUGUUCUUCACCCUUAA